AUGGACAAACGUUCCACCAAGCAGAUCACUCCCAUUGACACUCACCAUGAUGCCGCUCACUUCCCCGCAACAAGCACACCCACCACCAGCUCCUUUCGACGUUCUCCGCUUCUCCAUUCCCUCAACGAUGCUUCUUUUCCUGCUACCGCCCCCUCGCAACGGCCUCCUUCCAUCACUUCCACCACGAUGGCCCACGCUCAACCCUUCUCGUCUCACUACCUCCCAGCUGCCUACACCACUCGACAUCACCAAUCCCAUCCUCCCGUGGAACCAAUCAAAGAACACCGCCAUCAACUCCCUCGGCCUACAAUCACCACUCCUGCAUCCGGCACCAUUCAAUCCACCGGCCGUGCCACUACCCACAGCCGCCUACUACACUCAAGCACUCGAAACCCCAUUCACAUUCCCACGGCAGCACCUCCCAUUGGCUCCCAUCCUCUUCCCCACGAACAACCCACCCAACACCAUUCUUCCGUGGAACAACCCAUCUUCUGCCGUUCUUCCGUGGAACAACCCAUCUUCCGCCGACACCAUCAAUCUUCCGUGGAACAACACCAUCACUCUUCCGCGGAACAACCAUAUCGCCCCAUCCAGCAGGCCCUACUAUCAUCCAUGUCCUCCAACUCAGAUCCUUCUACUGCAUCCACCACAUCCUACGCGACCACGCCACACAUCCCCCUGCCGUCACGAACCAACGACCUCCCCAUCCAACUACUCUUCGAAACAUUCACUCUGCAUCCACCCAUCAACCCACAAUUCCAGCACCUCUGGAAUUUCACUACAACUGAUCACCUCCCUCCCACUGCCUUCGCCACUGCCCCAGUUAUUACCCACCAUGGCCAAAACCAAAACCAAAAGGAGCCGUGCCAAACGUCGUCAAACCCCACCGCGAGCUCCAACACCACCGAUUCCUUCCUCCAAAGCCUCAGCAACAAUAGCAACAACAACUGCUCCAUCCUCCAGCCAAGAGAGCCACGGCAUAGGAGCCCAACCAGACCCACUCCGCCCAGACCCAAGCGUCGCCGCCGCAACAACAGUAGCCAUGAUAGCAAACCUGCUGCCACCACCCCUGCUGUCACCACCAAAGCUGCAACCAAUGCCACUACCAAAGCUCCACAGAAGAAGUCCCCCACUACCGCCAAACAUGCCUCUACUCCCAAAGAAGUAUCCACUGAGCCACACCCUGCAAAUGCAUCCUUUGCCUCUGGCCUCUCAUCCAAUCCCUUCUCUGUACUUGCUGAUGAUGCCAUGUCCGUUGCCUCUGAUGAUGCCACCCCCACCGAAGUAAACAUCCUCCAAGGCUGGUCCCCAGAUCCCCUGCUCCCAUCUCGAGUUGCUGCUGCCAUCCGUUCACUGCACAAAUACUAUGCCUUCGAACUCAACCCCACCUCCGAAGCAGUCAUCACCGACAUCCUCCUCCGAGCAGACAAGGUGUCGCCCCCACCCAAACGCCACACUGCUGUCA